AUGGCGGUGAGCGGAAUCAAGAGUCUCUAUGAGUCUGAACUGGCUGAUGCUCGAAGAGUUCUGGAUGAAACAGCCAAAGAGAGGGCUAGAUUACAGAUUGAAAUAGGAAAACUGAGAGCGGAACUUGAGGAAAUCAAUAAAAGCUACAAGAAGAAAGAUGGAGAUUUGUCUGUGGCUCAGGGUCGUGUUAAGGAUCUUGAAGUGCUGUUUCAUAGAAGUGAAGCGGAACUCAAUACUGUCCUGAAUGAGAAACGCAGUCUGGAAGCAGAGGUGGCCGAUUUGCGUGCCCAGCUGGCUAAGGCUGAAGAUGGUCAUGCUGUGGCUAAGAAGCAGCUGGAGAAGGAGACUCUCAUGCGUGUGGAUCUGGAGAAUCGCUGCCAAAGCUUGCAAGAGGAUCUGGAUUUCAGGAAGAAUGUGUUUGAGGAGGAAAUAAGGGAAACAAGAAAACGACAUGAACAUCGUUUGGUCGAGGUGGACACUAGUCGCCAACAGGAGUAUGAAUCCAAAAUGACUCAGGCCCUGGAGGAUCUGCGAAAUCAACAUGAUGAACAAGUCAAACUGUACAAAAUGGAGCUUGAGCAGACCUAUCAGGCUAAGCUGGAGAAUGCCAAACUGUCCUCUGACCAAAAUGACAAAGCUGCUGGUGCAGCUCGAGAGGAGUUGAAGGAGGCUCGCAUGAGAAUAGAAGCUCUCAGCUACCAGCUUUCUAGUCUUCAGAAACAGGCUAGUGCAGCAGAAGAUCGCAUUCAUGAAUUGGAGGAAAUGAUGGCUGGUGAGCGGGAAAAGUUUAGGAAGAUGCUAGAUGCAAAGGAGAGGGAAAUGACAGACAUGAGGGACCAGAUGCAGCAGCAGCUUACAGAGUACCAGGAGCUGCUCGAUGUUAAAUUAGCACUGGACAUGGAGAUCAGUGCUUACCGAAAACUCCUGGAAGGAGAAGAGGAAAGGUUGAAGCUCUCUCCGAGUCCCUCCUCCCGUGUUACAGUCUCUCGGGCUACCUCCAGCAGCAGCAGUAGCAGCACUUCACUUAUUCGCUCUUCCCGAGGCAAGAGAAAACGUAUUGAUACAGAGGAGUUUUCAGGCAGCGGAACAAGCGGAAUUGGCACUGGAAGUAUUAGUGGCAGCAGUAGUAGCAGUAGCUUCCAAAUGUCCCAGCAAGCUUCAGCUACAGGAAGUAUCAGCAUAGAAGAGAUAGACCUGGAGGGCAAGUACGUUCAGCUGAAGAACAACUCUGAGAAGGAUCAGUCUUUGGGUAACUGGAGACUGAAAAGACAAAUUGGAGAUGGAGAAGAAAUUGCUUACAAAUUUACUCCGAAGUAUGUCCUCAGAGCUGGGCAGACUGUUACAAUUUGGGGUGCAGAUGCAGGCGUAUCUCACAGCCCCCCUUCUGUUCUCGUGUGGAAGAAUCAAGGCAGCUGGGGCACCGGAGGAAAUAUCCGCACAUACCUCGUAAACUCUGAAGGAGAGGAAGUUGCAGUGAGAAGUGUUACUAAAUCAGUAGUUGUGCGAGAGAACGAAGAGGAAGAGGAUGAAGCAGAGUUUGGAGAGGAAGACCUUUUCAACCAACAGGGGGAUCCCAGAACAACCUCUAGAGGAUGCUCAGUGAUGUGAAGAAAGAAAAAAGAAACUAUUAUUUGCUAUUUUUUUCAUUUAUUUCCUUUUAUUUUUGCUAUUUUUUUUCCCUCCAGAGCCACUGAAAACUAUUUUUAUAUGCAUCAUCUGAUUUCUUUGAAGUUUACUCCUUGGUACACUUUUAUAAAAAAAAAAUUCAAAAAAAAAACCUUUACUGAACAAAACUGCCAGAAUUUUUAAUAGAUUUCUUUAUUUUUCCCUCUUUGUUGAAACACUAUAUUGGAAUACAACAUUUUUCCCCGUAUAGAGUUUAAAGUCUUAUGUACAAACCUGCAGCAGAAAAGAAAUUUUUAGCUAAAAUGGGAUGAGGCUCCUUGAGUGUAAGGUAAAUCUAUAAUUGCAUAUAUAUAAUUGCAUGUAUAACCAGGAUAACUGCCAAAAAAAAAAAAAGAGCUUAAGAACGUGUGUUCAUCUGCAGGGCCCCAGGAGAGAUUCACAGUCGUGUUUCCUCCAUACUUAAAGGAAUGGUAGUGUCUUGCCUGGUAUCAUCAGCAGUGCCCAGCUUAGGAAAAUUAGACCCCAACUUAAUUAAAAAUGCUACUCCACCAGUGGAAGCAACACAAGGAAGCUGCAUUUUAGACGCUCCUGGCUCAGGACCAUGGCAUCUUGUCCUACCCCAGGAUUUGACAGCCUAGUGGUAAAACCAUCCGAGUCUGUCAGCACCUUAGCUCCGUAUCAUUAUUUCAGAAGAUGGAGAAGGAUGGGUUGUGCUUACACCAUCUUAAGGUAUGGAAGGGUCAAAACCAGAAGUUUAACUGGGCUUUUUUUUUUCAGGGGACUUUGACAUUGUCACAAAUAAGACCUUGUUAAAUCACGGCCGCAAGUUGUGCUGUACUGUAUUUAUGGCGUUAAGCAUCAUGGUUUAAUGUGUUUGACAUAUUCAGCAUAAGACAGAAUUAUUAAGAUUUUAGAUGUUAAAAAUAUUUUUACUUUUGGCAAUGAUAAAUAUUGGGGAUUUUAAAGGUUAUCCUGUGUAAAUGUUGACUUUUUUUAAUCAGAGCUAGAUGCAGCUUGUUCAGACUUCUUGUAUAUUCAAAGGGGCAUUGUCAGACACCUUAAGGAGCAGCAUUUGCAAAAUAGUACAGAAGUAGUUUAAUGACUUUCUGAAAAAGUUAAAAGGAACUGCUGCUCUUUAGGACAUUAAGCAUUGCUUUGCAACGUUCAGAUGUUAAAGUCUCAACAGUGAGAGAAGGGAGAAUAAUUCUAUUUACAAAAAAUGCUUUGUAUGAGCAGCAGGUGACUUUUAUUUCGGUAUGAUGCGUUUGGUGUGUGACAGUGUCCCUUUUAGCUUAAGGUUUCUUCUGCUGCAUUUCUGUGGAGAUACCGCUGACUCCCAGGAGGGUCAGUAUUCCUGUCGCGGUGCAUCUUUAAGCACUAGGAAAAAUACCUGACAGCUCCAAAGAAUGUAUUGGCUACUGUACAAGCAAAUGCGUUUUUUUUUCCACUAGUUACUAGUUUGGAUACAGAAUUUGGAUACCAUUUGAUGCCAGCAUAGAAUCCUGUUUGUACCUGCACUCUUGAACUCUGAUCUUGUCACUCAAAUAGUUUAGACUCAUCAAACAAGCUACAAGGUUUGGAUGUUUUCGGUGGCUUUUGGACAUUAUGUUCUCUGAACAGUAUUGUGACUGACAGAUAUAACCUAGGAAGUCAGUUUAGUGGCUUUGACCGAUGGCUUUGUAAUGCAAGCAGGGUGGGAAUGAAAGGGGGAUUUUAAGCUUACGGAUUUAUUUUGCCAUUUAAAAAUAAAUCGAAGAUGCUACUUUUCUCUAUUUGCGUGGGAUGACUGAAUUACUGAAGUUAAACUAGUAGAAAUUUAGAAUUGCGUUUUUAAUCCAUGAUCAGAAGAUCCAGUACAAAAAAACAGUAUGAAGAUUUGGCUGUUGGGGUUAACGGGAUGACGUUAUUGAUGGACUUGGCCGUUUUUCUAAUGUAAUUUUCCCACUCUGCUUGAGUAGAAGGUUAAAUGCGUAGUAAAUCAUGUCUCUCUCUCUCUCUCUCUCUGUAAAAUGUAUCUAGUGAAAUUAUGUUUCUCAGACAUACUGUUAUCGAUUACCUUUUCUAAAUUUGUUGUUAUGCAAAUGAAUGCAAUCAGUGUAAAAAAUAUUUUUGCAAUGCACCUUCCAACCACUGGACAUAAUUUCCCUUUCUGACCCACAGCUCCUAUGACUUAGAUAAUGUUUGAGGGCUUUUUGCUUUUUUCUCUAAAGAUCUGUAUUUAUUUUUGUUUUACAUUGGCCAGUUUUCAGAUUGCUUAUUCUUCUUUAAGUUUGUCCUAUAAAUUCAAGAUUGUUCUGUGAUCUUAAAUACUAAAGCAAUGAAUGUGUAUUCAUUUGCAUUUUUUCUGUGAUUUUUUUUUUUUUUUAAUUCUUCUGUAAAGAAGGGGCUAGGAAAGGCAGCUUGAACGAGGAAAAACCUCUUGCUACCUGAGCCAUAGUUUUCUUACCAGCUACUGUAUGGGGAACGUGUCUUCUCAUAGCCUUCAGGACUGGUGCUUGCAGAUCUUUGGCUGUGAGCACCGUGCCCUUCAGUAACAGCCUGCAGAAUUUCUCCUUAGAUAUGGAACUGUGUCCUUUCACUUCGGAAACAGUUCGUUUGCUUCUUCAGUACCAUGUUUAGGUGUUUACAGGUGUUCAUCUAAAACAGUGAUUGACACUGUGGGAAAAGCUGAACGCCAACAGUCCAAAUGUGGGUCAUUGCCACCACAGAGCUUUCUAAAAGGCUACUGAAACCAUGAGAAAAAAUUCCUAGCUGUAAAUUACAAGACACAGGAAAAACUACUGUAUUCCACAUACUUCUGUGUGUGUGUCUUCUCCAGAUGCCAUCCUUUCCUCUUGCUUUUGACGCUGAGCUUCAGUGUAACAGCACCCUCCCUUUAAAGCUGAUGUUCCACACUGGUCUGAUUUUUUGCUUUACCAAACCAAAAAGCAUUGUUUCUUUUUUUUCUGUCUUUCAAGGAUUUUUUUUUUAUUUUAAGGAUAAUUAAAGCUUUAUUUUUUCAAAUAAAAUCCAGUGUCCCCUUGCCCUCUUCUCCUAUUUGAUCCUGUAUGUGAACCACUCUUGAAGUUGGAGGAUAGUCAGCGUUUAUACUCCGGUGUCUGAUACCAGGUGUAGAGCUUGAAGGAGAAAUAGACUUGACUUGUCAGGGAAAAAAAAAAAUCUUUUAAGGCUUCUCUGAUUAGGGAAAUUAACCACUAUAGCUUUUAUCAGAGUAGUUACUUGAGUGUAACUACCCAGGCAGAUGUUCUUAUUCCAGGGAAAAAAAAAAAAAAGAGCAAACACUUUUAUUCUGGAUGAAAUAGUAACAAUUAUUCCUAAAUGGUUCUCACUGGUUAAGAGGGGGAAGGAGUAAGGGCGGGAAUGCAGCGGAAUAGUUAAGCCAAUCUUUGCAUUGUGUGGAUCGUGACAGAAUAUCAUAUAAAAUAUGAUAAACGCUUGCUACCUACUCUGAAGUUUGUACCGUGUGAAAAUGCCUGUGUCAAACAAGUCCAUCCAUCUGCAGAACCACCGGUACCAUGGCGUCCCACAGAGCCAGAUCCACUUACCGAGAGCCUCCCACACUUCACGCCACAUCUUUCUCCCUCGCUUCUGUAUUUGGUACUUGAGCUGUUGUGUUGCAGUGGCUUAUUCCGAGUAACAGAGUGGCUGUGAUUCCUUUGUUGCUGCGCAGCUUUAUUUCCCCCUGUGCCUCUUUAGGCUAGUUCGGGACUCUAGAUGUGCCCUGACAAAACCAAUAGUUUACGCCGAUGCAUCGAUCGCUUGUCUUCAGCACCCUUUUGCCAUUAGACAGGAGCUGGCUGGUGCAGUUUGUGUUUGUUGCAGGAACCAAAAGUCUCAGGAAAAAAAAAACAAAGUUCUGCUUCCCAUGACCUGGAAUGUAAAAGCUGGACAAGCUCCUCUGCAGCUUGCAUUAGUCAUGAAAACCGUACUGCGGCGUGAAGCAGAGCGUACUGUGAAAGGAGAUCACCCAACGUGCAUGUUUAUCCUUGAGCAACGGGACACCUCAUGUUCAGUUCAGGGAUCUCACAGGGGGU